UGGGGAGCCCCUAACACGACAUCAAUAUCAUGUUCCCUUGCUGAUGUAAUGAGUGAACAGCUGGCAAAAGAGCUGCAGCUCAAAGAAGAAAAUGCUGCUUUUCCUGAAGUGGUUGCUGUUGCUGAAGGACCGUUUAUUACAGGAGAAAAUAUUGACACUUCUAGUGACCUAAUGCUAGCUCAGAUGCUGCAGAUGGAAUUUGACAGGGAAUAUGACGCACAGCUUCGUCGUGAAGAGAAGAAGAUCAAUGGAGAUAGCAAAGUCUCCAUAUCCUUUGAAAAUUAUCGGAAGGUGCAUCCCUAUGACAGCGACAGCUCAGAGGACGAGGUUGAUUGGCAGGAUACCCGUCAUGAUCCUUAUAGAGCAGAUAAACCCACUACUACACCAAGAAGGGGCUUUAUAGGAAAAGGAAAAGACAUUACCACUAAACAUGAUGAAGUGGUAUGUGGAAGGAAGAACACAGCUCGCAUGGAAAAUUUUGCACCUGAGUUCCAAGUUGGGGAUGGAAUUGGGAUGGACUUAAAGCUGUCAAAUCAAGUCUUCAAUGCCUUAAAGCAACACGCGUACUCUGAGGAACGUCGAAGUGCAAGGCUCCAUGAAAAGAAGGAGCACUCCACUGCAGAGAAAGCAGUGGAUCCCAAAACACGUUUACUUCUGUACAAGAUGGUCAAUGCUGGGAUGCUGGAGACCAUCACAGGCUGCAUCAGCACAGGAAAGGAAUCUGUUGUUUUUCAUGCUUAUGGAGGAAUUGCAACUGAAGAUAAAGUUAUACCUCCAGAAUGUGCCAUCAAAGUGUUUAAAACGACUCUGAAUGAAUUCAAGAACCGUGACAAAUACAUUAAGGAUGACUACAGAUUUAAAGAUCGCUUCAGUAAAUUGAAUCCCCGAAAGGUUAUUCGUAUGUGGGCUGAGAAAGAAAUGCAUAACUUAACAAGAAUGCAAAAUGCAGGAAUUCCUUGUCCUCAAGUGGUUAUCCUUAAGAAACAUAUUUUGGUUAUGUCUUUCAUUGGCCAGGAUCAAGUUCCAGCUCCUAAACUAAAGGAUGUAACACUUAGUAGUGAAGAUAUGAAAAAGGCCUACUAUCAGGUUUUUAAUAUGAUGCAGCAGUUGUACAAGGAGUGCAACCUGGUCCAUGCAGAUCUGAGUGAAUACAACAUGCUUUGGCAUGAUGGGAAGGUCUGGCUUAUUGAUGUCAGUCAGUCUGUGGAGCCAACACAUCCUCAUGGACUUGAGUUUUUAUUCAGAGACUGUAGGAAUGUUUCACAGUUCUUCCAGAAAGGAGGUGUGGCAGAAGCACUUAAUGAGCGUGAACUCUUCAAUGCUGUCUCAGGUUUAAAUAUCACAGCUGACAAUGAAGUAGACUUCCAAGAAGAGAUUGAAGCUUUGGAGAAGAUGAAUGAAGAUCACGUGCAGAAUCAUGGAAAGAAAUUGUCAAUGUUCUCAAGUGAUGGGGACCCACCUAGAUAUGAUGAAUAGCACUCACUGUAUAGCUGCUAACAAAACAAAACACAUUUACUGCUUCUAACUGUGGUGGUGCAGUGGUAAAUGUCAACUACCAAUGUCAAGAGAGAGGGGUUGACUGGGAAUAUCAAAAUGAAAAAUGCAGCGAGCAUGUGAUGAUGACUCAGUGUUUUUUGUUUGGGGUUUUGGUUUUUUUUUCCAUUAACUUGGCCCACACAUCAGGCUGGCACUGUGAGAAUGGACUGUCACUGCCUCUUUGGAU